GCUGAUUGCUCGCUCCACCUCACGCCCGGGAACGCGCACGCAGCCUCCGGCCUGGUUUAAUGCCUGGGCCGUUAGAACCAGACCACCUCCCCCCUCGCGACGCAGACGCCCCCAUGGCGACCAACGGCUUCCUGCGGGGACGCCGCCGAACGGGGAGCUUCCCGACUCCCUUUGACCUGCUCCAACAGCGGAUGGACGACGUCCUGGGAGACCGGGGGGUCCUGAAGGAGGUGCUCCAUCCUGGGGAGGGCCCUCCUGUCCCUCAGAAUGCUUCAGUUUUAGUCCACUAUUCCGGUUACCUGGAAUAUUCUGACCAGCCUUUCGAAACCACCACCCACCUUAAGCACCCCCGCCUUCUGAAGAUGGGGAGGGACCUAACAUUAUGGGGGCUGGAGUUGGGCCUGCUGACCAUGAAGAGGGGGGAGCAUUCCCGUGUCCUCCUCCAGCCGCAGUACGCCUAUGGAGAUCUGGGCUGUCCACCCCUCAUCCCUGCAGCUGCUGUGGUUCUGUACGAGGUUCAGAUUGUGGAUUAUUUUGACUCGGGACAAGUGGAGGAGUUUUUCGCCAUGAGUCCGGAGGAGCAGAGCUCAGUUCCUCUGUCUGAGCUUCUUGAGGUGACCAACACUCUGCGCAGCCUUGGCAACCACUACUUCAGCUGUAGCCAACAUUACCGGGCUAAAGGCAGCUACAAACAGGCUGUAAUGGUGCUGGAGAACAGGGAGGUCCAGAGCGAGCCGGUGAAGGAAAAGAUCCAGCCUGCACUGCUGCCUCUCUACCUGAACCUUUCCCUCACAGAGCUCCGUCUGGAAAACUGGCACAAAGCCCUGAAGUACACCACCAAAGCCUUGGAGAUGGACUCUUUGAACACAAAGGCUCUCUUCCGCUGUGGACAGGCUUACCUGGAACUGGGGGACUUUGAGAAUGCUCUGAAGUUCCUGAAAGCUGCUCAGGCCAAAAAACCCUAUGACACCGACAUCAACAAUCUGCUGAAGAAAGUGGCAAUACGAUAUAAAGACAGCUUGGACAAAGAGAAAGACUUCUGCUCAAAGAUGUUCAGGAGCCCAGAGAAGAUCUCCUGCAUCCUCGUCUGGACCCGUCUUCUCUUUGGUCUGGUCCUGUCAGAACAGAGCAUCCAUCCUUCCAUCAGAUUCAUGUCCUGUUUCAAAUCUAAAUCUCAUCAGCUUUUCUUUUUCAAUCCUUUCAUCUGGACUGUAUUUGCUUUAGCGCCUUGCAUUACUGCCUUCUUGUUUUUGAUUGCAGCAAUCUUUUGGCUGUCUUUAAAGCUGCUUUACAAAUGAAAUGCGUUUUCUUUUCUGCAGGUUUCUGGAUUCAGCAGCGUGUUUUUGCUGCUUGCUCUAAGUUAUAAAAGGAACAACCGUUAUUCCAGCAACAGUCUGUUCACAGUUCAGUUUUCUGUUCAUUUGGGAGGAAAGCUGAGCAUUAAACUCCUUUCAAAGCACA